CCCACUUCUCUAUCUUCCGACCACUACUUUACUUCAACCUGGUCGAUCACUACUGGGAAAUAACUUAUUAUGAUUUUAAAAAUUAUCGCCUCUCUUUGUGUGUGUCUGGGGAUCGGAUACAGUCAGCGUGUAGACUUGACGCGAAAAGAGGAGAGCAAUGGACCGGAAGUGGUUGAUGCCGUUAUUAACAUUUUGCGCCGUUCGUGCAUAUUUCCAGACGACAUGCUAUAUCUACGGCGAGUAGCCUACACCGACACAAAGGACGGUUUAGAUAAAUUCACAUAUGUGAUCAAUUAUAAUGGGGGCAUUUGGCACAUCGAUGAGACAGAUUUCAACAAGACCAGAACGGACCCUUUACUGAAGUCUUACCGCGAUGAAAUCUCCAAAUCCCUAUACAUAAACUGGAAUGCAGUCACCUACAGUGACCUCAGAAAACCACUCUAUUCUGCCAUAGCGACAGAACUAUCCACCAUUCUGAAAACUGGAAGCGGAAGUUUUCCUUUAACAGUUGACCGGCAGGCUGACCUUUGGUCAAAUAAAGGAGCCAAAGAUUUAGACGUCUUUGUGAAUGCCGUGAAAGAAUUAGAGAAAGGAUCUCCUCUGAAAAAGAACCUAGACAUUGUGUUCCUUCUCGAUAGCAGUGCCAGCAUGACAGAAGCAGACUUUAACAAAUCUAAAGACUUCGUGAAAAACUUCAUAUCUGAACUAGACGUAGAUAAUGGCUUGGCGCGGGUUGCAGUUGUCGAGUUCAGUACAGUUGUGUACAAUAUUGUUGCCCUGGACAACAACAUGACAGGUACCCAGCUUCGUGAAGCAAUAGCCAAAAUUUCGUACCAACCAGGAGGAACUAACACAUUUGACGCCCUACAGUAUAUACAAGAGCACAUACUUACGGUAAAGACAGGGUCAAGGUCAAAUGCUGCCAAGGUCGUUGUCUUAGUAACGGAUGGAAAAUCAGCCGACAAUGUUGCCACGAUAAAAGAUGCCCAAUCUCUGCGUGGUUCAGGGGUAACAAUUUUCGCUGUUGGGGUUGGAGCUCUCAUUGAUAAGCGUGAACUAUCACUAGUGGUGAGUGAACCAAGCUGUGCCCACCUGCAGACGGUUGGCAACUAUACCACCUUACCAGCAGAUAGUCAUAGUAGCGCGCACCUUGCAGUUAAAGCACCGGUCAUGUUAAAGCCUGGUACCUACGAGUUUAACUGCUCGUCUGACAUCACUGCUGUCAUCAUGGCAACAAGUAGUCCUAAAACGAUCGAGGUAACAACAAAAGAUGGCGCACUGGAUGUUUAUGGUUCCGGUUCCACAGCAUUUAUUCCCAACUCCGCCAUCUUUAGCUUCAACGAAACGGUAACGACAGAGGUACCAGUCGAUAUUUACGUCAGAGAUGGGUCACAGAUAAUACUAGCUUUCCGAAAUGGCGGUUGUCAGUCGAACUUUCGGGUAAACAUUGUAAUUGGAGAUCAUAUUCAAACAGGCAAUAAUAAGAUAUGUAUUGAAGCGGGCCUGGUCGGCCGGUGUAGCCAGAAGGAUCUUGUAGACAGUCCAUUUAUCAUUAAGGGAACACCAGAUCCUACUUUGCCGAAUGUAUGUGGCAAAAGUGAUUCUUUUACGGCACCAUAUCCUGGAAAAACUGACAGAUACCUCAUUUGCGACUCUGGUCGUCUGAUUGCCGUGUAUUGCAUGCCGUCCCAGAGGUUCGAUCCAUUAUUGUUACUGUGUGUGCAUACAACGGAAAUCAGCACUACAUCCACAUCUACAACAAUUCGAGCACCGACAAAACAACAGGCGCAGACGGCCGCUCAUGUUCGAACCACCACCCCUGUACUAAUACCAACAGUGCCACCAAAGACCUUCGAAAAUCCAUGUACACACGAACAUAUCUCCCAGGGCUCCUUCUUAUGGCCAUACCCUGGGGACGAUAGGAAGUUCAUCAAGUGUGGCAUAUUUGCUGCCGCCGGUACAGUGUUUGACUGCGGUGAGCACAAGUACUAUUCUUCGACCGUUCAUACGUGUCUCUAUAGAGAUGUUGUGGCCAGUUUGUACGGACCUAACGGUGUAACAUAUGACGGUCAUGCUAAUCCAUGUAAGACAAAUUACGCGGGUGAUGUGCAGUACUACCCAUACCCCGGGGAUCCACACAAGUUCAUUCAUUGCGAUGCAUUCGGUGACGCUUUUGUAAAAACCUGCGGUGAUCCGAACGAGGUAUGGGAACCUCAGAUAAACAACUGUAUUCCAGAAGGUUUCCAGUUUCAGACAGGACUCGGCUAAUGUUAAUGAAUAAAAUACGAAUUGUGUAUAUUUGUUUUAUUAUGAAGGACAGUUUUUGUAAGGUUGAAUUAAAUGUAUAAGUCUCAUAACUGUAGGGAAAAAUGAAAUAAAUCUAAACUUGA